CCCUGCCAUGGCGAAUACCCUGAAGGCAAAUGUAACACUGAAGGCAAAGAAGGAGAUUAGAGAGGAGAAAGAGGGAGCUAGAGAAAUGGAUGAAACCUUGGAUGAGCCUGCAGAGAAGGAAGAGGAUGAAGAGGAGAGGAAGGCCCGGGCCGCAGCGAGAGAGAGAGCCGCUCAGAGACAGCUCAUGACGAUAGAGGAGCUGGUGCAGACCGAGAGGAACUACCUAAAACAUCUGCACCUCUGUACGGUCACCAUCCACAGCAACCUGCAGAAACUACAGCCUCCUCCUCCAAACCUGGAGAACAUGUUCCAGCACAUAGAUGAAGUGAUGGAUGUUUCCAGCAGACUCCUGAGCCUCCUCGACCAGACACAGAUUCAUCACAGCGAUCCCAAAUACCUGGAAACUCUCUGUGAUUCUUUCCUGAGUCUGUCUCAAGAUAUAGAGAUGGCUUAUAAAGAGUAUCUCGCCAACUACAACAACAUCACGGCUCUAGAGAACAGCUACAAACAGAAAGAGGCGCUGUGGGUGGAAAUGGUCCGAAUCGUGAAGUCGUCAGCUCCUGAUGUGAAUGCAUCCACUCUGAGCUUCUUCCUGGUGAUGCCGGUUCAGAGAAUCGCCCGUUACCCGCUGCUGCUCCAGACCAUCCAGAAACACACAGACCCCGGGCACCCCGCGUACCCCUUACUGGAGCACACCGCUCACACUGCAGUCCAGAUCAACUGCAGGAUCAAUGAAUACAAACGCUUCCGUGAAGUCGCUGACAAAUACAAGAAGACAGAGAACCUGACCAUCAAGGACAAGAUCAAUCGGCUGAGUGGGCACAGCAUUGCCAAGAAGACGGCCCGGUUCAGCCAGUACAUAAAGCACGAGACAGGAAUGGUGCCUAAGUUGAAAGAUGAAGAAUUUGAUGCCCUUGCUGGCUUCUUCUUUGUCCUGGAGAGGGGCGUCUCAGAGCUUCACGAUAACCUGGAGGCCUAUCUCCACCAUCUGCAGAGGUUCCUCCGCUGCAGACCAGAGGAAGCAGAUCUUGAUCUGGAAGGAGAGAAAACCGCCUUGUUCUCUAAAGAAAUCACGGUGGCUCUCAGACAGUGGAUCUACCCCUCAUAUGAGGAGCGUUUGAAGACUUUAGUCUUUAAGCCCUUGAGCUCACUGCAGGAACUGAUGGCAGGACCACGCAACCUCAUCCGCAAACGUCAGGACAAGCUUCUGGACUAUGAGCUAAUCGAGGAGAAGAGUAACCUGAGCUUUGAGGAGCAAGCCAUAGCGAACACCUACAAGACCAUGAACACUCUCCUGCUGACCGAGCUGCCGCAGUUCAACGGAAAAGCCCUGCAGAUCCUGUGGGCAUCACUGGAGGCCUUCAGCGCCCUUCAGAGAGACCUGGCGGCUGAUAUGGAGCAGCUGGCCACCAGCUUCACCCAUCAGCUCCCACACAGUUAUUUGGAGGACGGUGAGUUCUGGAAGUGGGCAGAGACUUCGGUGCUGGAGGGUUCGAGGAGGAUGGAGAGCCUGUGUCAGAGUGUUCAGGACGAGCUCAAUGCUCCCAUUGUGCAGGCCCUCAACACUGUGUGUGAGCAGCGUCUCAAGGCUCUGACCGUCAAACACGGCUCGGAGAAGAUCUUCCAGCUGACAGGCCCUGUGGUGGGCACCCGUGACCUUGACCUGACCCUCAACAAGGGAGAGCUGGUGGCUGUCAUCAGUGAGAUGGACACGCGAGGAGACCGGCGCCGCUGGCUGGUGGAUGCAGGAGGCCCGAGGGGAUAUGUGCCUGCUUCAAAACUGGCACGUUACCACCAGAUCACCUCUGACCCGCCGCAGUCUCCUCAUCUGAACGUCAUACCCAGCGGUCCAGGGCCACGGAGACACUCCUACACCCCCGGAGCCCAGCCGCUGCUGACCACGACUACGCCCUGUUUUCAGGUGUACGCGGGAUAUGACUUCACUGCGAGGAGCGCUCAUGAGGUUUCUCUGCGGGCCGGAGAGCAGGUGCGGGUGGUGGAGCCUCAUGAUAAGCGUGGAAACAAGGACUGGAGUCUGGUGGAGGCGCGUGGCCAGAGAGGAUACGUCCCCUCUAACUACCUCGCCAUCCUCCCCUCGGUGAUCGCCUCACCCACCUUCCCUUAUCGCUAGAAUAUCAUCAUCAUCUGCUGCUGAUACGACUCUUCGUGCCAGUAUCCAAACACACACGGAGCAUGAGAAACACUUUCCCUCGUGAGGGGGCGAUGGCUGCUGUUUGGUGCAUCAUGUACUGGAGUGGUGCUUGGGCCCUGCUGUGGAGUGCUCGUCCAUGUACUUGAUUUUCCUGGGGCCGUUACUGCUGGAGAUGGUUUUAUCCAAUGAGAGAAGAGCUGCCGUUGAAGCACAUGGCUGCUGAAGGAGUGUACGGUUUCCUACGAUUACCACUUGGAUCCACACCUCAGCUGUCCAUUGAAACGAUGUGUUUGUGCCUGGAAAUGCUUUGCUAUUGCAAUGGAGAAUAUUUGGGUUUCUACUGCUGACGAUGGAUCUCAUUUUUUGAGUCAGACCUCUAUUGCACUGGUUUCCAGCCCACUUGAGAUGACUAACAUGCAGACAGAAUUUUUAUAAAAUGCUCGUCUGUGCACCAUUUUAAUAAUACUUGCUAGUUUUUAGUUAUUUAAAUUUGUACUGUGGAUCUAAAAAGUAUUUGGACACUUGGUCAUUAAUGCAUAGAUGAUGAAAUAUCAAUCCAAAUGAUGUUCCGUUAAAAACUAUACAAAAAAUCUUUAAUAAGCAGAACUUUUUUGUUUGCUUGUUAAAUUCAGAAUAUUUAAACGAUAGAUAUACUGCUUAAAAUUAAAGCAAAUGAAAAGAAGUUGAUCAAUAUAAUACCAAUAUCACCUGAUAUUAUUUUGACUGUGAUGAAAAGGCUCACAUUGUGUGGAGGCACAUAAAUACUCAUAUUUUUCAAAUCGGAUGCACCAAUGAAAAUGUUUGAACUUCAAAUUCUUGAUUUAUAUAUAUAUAUUUAUUGCUUUGGCUUAUAUCCAGUUGGCUUCUGUGACAUAUUCAUGUCUGGAUUUAAUGUCUACUGUAUAUGAAAUUAUCAUUAACUGGUCUUUAUUUGACAAAAUAUGAUUACCAGUGUCCACAAACUUGCAAGAUUACUGAGUGCAAUGUUGUUGUUUUUUUGUUAACAAUUUUACAUUUUCUUUAAAGUACUGUAAUUGAGUUACAAAUUAUAUGAAGUAAUUGUGUUUUACAGUAGUUAUUUUACAGAUUUUAAAAAAAGUUGAAUCAAGUUACUGUUAUGAAAUACUCGUAUGGUUAUGAUUUGUUUGCAGAUGCUUUUUUGGAUUGAUAUUUAUUUGUUUAUGCAAUGGCGUUCAUACAUAUUUAAUCGUGUCUUAAGUGUCCAGAUACUCUUUGGAGCCGGUGUGUGUGUGUGUAUGUCAAACACACUGUAACGAUGAAGAAUCAUUAAGCUAAUCUCAUUGCUUGCAUGCAGAUUCGGUUCUGGCUGCUGCAUCGUGCUUGUACAAUGACCUCAUAAUCUCUGAGAUGAAGAACUCAACCCUUAUCAAACAGAUUGAAGAGUGCAGAUGAUUUGCUGCAGUGUCCGUCAUGAAUCUGCCUGCAGUUGCGUCUGCUGUCCACUGGAGGCACCAGAGCUUCCUCUGUGAUUGUGAAGACUGCCAUUGCUACAUUAAUCCUCCAAACAGAGUCCUAUAUUAUUCAUCUGAUCCUCACAAUCUCUUAACAGGGAUACAGUGAGAGGAAGUACAUUCAGCCCCUGAAUAAGGCAUCAUCUGCACAAGAUAUUUAUUUUAUUUGUACCAAAUGUCAUUAAAUCGAUUCAGGCUUGAAUCAACCCAUCA